AUGGCGUGGGCUGGAAACGACACGAAGAUCGCGCUUGGCGGUAGCAAUAACGACGGCAGGGUCGUGCUGUUAAGCGCCAGAACGGGAGAGGCGAUCAGGGUGGCAUGUGGGCAUACAGAUGGCAGGGUCGUGCUGCGGGGCGCCAAGACAGAAGAGACGAUGGGCGAUGCCCCCGAACGUGUCCCAGAUUCGGUCGGCCUGAAAUGGGCUGCGGACCAAGGUCUGCUUGAGUGGUAUUCAGACGAAUUUGCAGACGAAGUUCACAUAGAUUGGUUCAACUUUGUGAAGCGGCCCUGGAGAGAAGGUGAAGAAGGUGUGCGGGUUUCGUUCUCUGUUGAGCGGGCUCCGUUCUCUGUUGGGCGGGCUCUGUUCCCUCAUGAUGGUUCUUAUGCUUCUGUUUCGGUGAAGUGGUCUCCAGAUGACAAGUGGAUCGCGUCAACUGGAUAUAAUAUGGUUGAAAUUGAUGAUUUUGAUGAAAAUGGGAUACCAAGGAGAGUCGGAGUUAUGAUCUGGAAUUGGGAGACAGGUGUAAUAUAUCGGUACCAAUACCAGUGCCAGCUCAAGCGAUAUUGUAAGUAUAUAUAUUCACCGCCCCAUCUGCUGGAAUGGUCUGACGACGGACGACGCGUAGCCCUUGGAAUUGGACAGGAGCUUGCGAUAUGGGAUAUUGAGACAGGGGUGAUGUUAAGGUAUAGCACAAACAGUGAAGAUCUAAUACAGAUUGCUUGGUUCCGGGACGGGUCGCGAAUAGCGACGUUGGGUACUACAAUAGUUGGUCGAGGAACGUUGCGAAUCCUGUCCGUGACGAGUCAAAGCGCUGUCUGCGAAAAGCAAUACGAUGAUGUUGGGUAUCUCAAAGAGAGCGAUCUGCGCCAGUUCAUCGAUACGAAUGAGGGCAAACUCACGGCGGCGGAUCUAGAGAGGAAACUGGAGAGGAAACUGAGGAUUCGGCAAAAGGGAGAUGGAGUGUUCUACAAGACAGGAGAUGACGAAAUCCGCCUAGCAACCGUUGCGGGACGUCGUUGGUACUGUUCUACUUCAGGUCGGCACAUUGCGAUCCAGGUAAAAGUUGGUUCUUAUGCAAGACUGCACUUUUACGAGCUCUUGGAGUAGUGUGAUUGUGAGUGUGUGAAUAACCACUGGGCAAAAGGGGAUGUCCCGGCCAGGACAGGAGGGGUUGUACCCACGGUAUAUGUAGUAAGGGAUGAUGUGCCAGGAGAAAUUUGUAUGUAUUUGAAGUUGUUUCUAGUUACCCGACGCCUCGAUGCCCCUCUCCGCAAAAAAAGUAGCCGGCACAUCUUUUCUAUGUGUCGCGCGCAGUUGCGUCAGUGUGCGGGGAAUAGUGUCGUCCAACGUAGAGACCGCGCGUAGCGAGACCAGCAAACAAAACUGGAGGCGGAACAGGCACAUACGAUAUCAGUCGUUGUAGUAUGAAGUUCAAGAUAUGCACGGCGGAUUUGCG